AGUGGAUGCAAAUGAGUUAAAUUAUUUUUCAAUAUAAAUUACCUUUCGUCAUUAACACUGGUAUUCAACUCUAUAAAUUGGAAUUAAAAUUAAAAUAAAAAAUCAUUAAUAAUCAUAAAAUAAUAUAAAUGAUAAACUAUGUGGAUACUUAUGAAGAUUAAAAACUAGACUAAUUUGAGGAAGAACUUGAGUUAUUUGGGUUUUUGAGUUCGCCAAAUACUCUAAUUUUGUCGGACCAAGGUUCAAGCUCUUGCGUUGAUUAAGGUAGCUAAUAAUAUAAAAUAUCUCAGAUUCGAAUUUAUCGACUCCUUAACAGCAAGAAAUUCAAAAGAUAAAAUUGCCAAUUCAAAGGAGACGUCCUCCAAAACGAAUUCAAUACACUUAUCAUAAGAAGAAGAAGCGCCCUGCUCCUAAACCCAUUAUCCAUAUAAAAGAAAAUGGAUUGAAAGUGUGCCUUGUUAUGGAGAAACCCAAAUCCAAUGCCCAUCCUUUCUCCAAUAUUGAAGAUAAGAGAAUUUUGGAGCUCGUUCUUAAGAUAGGACCCAAAUUUUACAAAAUAUCAAAAUCAUUUCCAGGCAAGAGUGUCAGCAUGGUCAAGAAUAGGUAUUACAAAUACCUUCGUUAUAGAUGGGAUGAAGUUAUGGGAAGGUAAUUUGAAUUUAACUAUCAUAUAGUGAGUAUAGACACAUGAAUUCUCUUCCUGAAGAUCAGCCUUGCGAAGGUCAAAAUGAAUUCAGAUUGGAUGAUAUGAGUGAUGAACUUGAUUCCGAAUGUUGAGCGCGUUCAAGAAAAUCAGUAUAGUGACUAUAUUUUUUGUUUACAUCGAG